UUCUAGCAAGGGAAGUGAAAAUGGAAAACACAACAAGAAAGCCAAAUUGGCUUGAACUUCCUAGAGAUGUCACAUUAAACAUCCUACAAAGGCUUCAUACUGUUGAAGUAAUCACAAGUGCAUGUCUAGUGUGUCCUUUAUGGUGGAAUAUCUGCAGAGAUCCUUACAUGUGGCGCACCAUUCUUAUGUCCGAAUUCUACCAUGCACGCGGUAUGGAUUGGGUGAAGAUGUGCCAGUAUGCAGUUGAUCGAAGUUGUGGUCAGCUAGAAGACAUUUACAUACAUAUGUUUGGAAACGACGAGCUCCUAGAAUACAUAGCUGAUAGGGCGAGUAAUCUAAGGCGUCUCAGGAUUGUAAAUUGUGACAAACUUUCCGAUAAAGGAUUUAUUGAAGCUGUGAAGAAACUUCCACUGAUUGAGGAACUGGACAUUUCAAACAACUAUCUAUCUAAGCAUUCUUUUGAAGCUGUUGGGUUAUGUUGCCCUCUUUUGAAAACACUGACAUACGGAAACGAUGUGUCCAUUGACCAGAAUGCUGAGGCAUUUGUUAUCGCAAAAACAAUGCCUGGAUUACGCAGUCUUACAAUUUCAGGAUGGAGACUUACAUCUGUUGGGGUUGUUGCCAUUCUUGAUGGAUGUUCUCUCCUUGAAUCUCUUAACCUGAAAUCUUGUUAUUAUAUGUCUUCAAAAAGUACAAGUUUGAGUCAAAGUUUGAAGAAAAGGUGCAGGGAGCAAAUAAAAAAAUUCAUUCCACCUAUACUUGAUGGCAAUUAUUGUUACCCUUGUAAUUUUGAUUUUGAUUGAAAAUAUUAGGAAAGAAUUUGAUUAAGGUUAUAGGAAAAUAUAAAUUGUGUGCUUUUUAGUUGUGUUCUUCACCUUAAAUCCUGUAUCUCUCUGUACUUGCUUGCAUGUUUUAUUUUCAAUGAGAAUAUCUAUGAAUUCGUUGCUGAA